GACAAGUAUCCAUGUGACGUCAUCAACAUACAUCGACAGCGGCAGUGCAUUGAAAAGAGGGUUAGAGUUUCUUCUUACUUUUUCUUCUCUGUUCUCCUCCCGGGACUUCAGUGUGAGGGAAGAUGUUUUCCAACCCAGAAUUCCAGACUGCUCUCCACAAACUGGAUCGUCUCCUUAGAAAGGUUCGAUUCCCGGGACCUGUGGAUUUUAGCGGCCUGUCCACGGGAGACCCCGUAGCCUUUCUUCCUAUCCUGAGCUUCAGCCUGACGUCAUUUUCUCCAGCUGUGGCCGAGCUGCUGAUGACGUCCGGACUAGAACUAAGCGGGAAAACCGACUUGAGAUUCACUGACACUUUUUAUAAGGUUCUCCGAGAUGUGUUCCAUUACAAAUCGGUCCUAAACAAACAUCAGUUCCUGCAGAUUGGUUUCUCUCAGAGGAAAAUCUCCCUCACUUGUGACGUCAUUAACCUGGUUCUGCUCAAACACAAACAGCUACACAAGGCUUCCAGGAAAUCCCAGUCUGGAGUUUACAGGGAAAAUCCUUCAGUUCUUUCCUCAAAAUCCAGAUCUGACUGGAGCCAGGAGUCGACGCCUUGGUCCGAUGUUCCUGAGGACAGGAUCAGCUCGCUGGGGGAACAGAAGAAAGGAGAUGAGAUACAGGUGUCUUCACAGAUGAGGCAGUGUGAGGAGGCGGAGUCUGAUGAAGAGCUGGAGCAGUUACAGACUGAUGAAGUGGAGGAGAUGAAGUGCAGCUCCUGUGUUUGUCCUGUGUCUGAGAUGUCAGAGCUGAAGAUCAGGCUCUCAGCUGUGGAGGCUCAGCUCCAGGGUCUUCUGUCCAGACUGGAGGACGUCAGGAUCCUGGAGAAACGUGUGGAGGAGCUGGAGAAGAGAACGCAGCAGAAGAUCUCAGCUGGAGGAGAAACCAUAAGUGUGAAGAGAGGGCAGUGGGAGGAUCUGCUGAGCAGAGUAUUUCUACUGGAAACCAAAGAUGCUCUUAACAACAGUCAGGUUAAAGCUGUAUCACCUUCAUCUUCAUCCUCUCACACCUUAAGAGCAGAAACCUCCAACUCUUCACAUCAAGAAGAUCAGGAUCAGGAUCACCAUCCUGUCCAACCAUUGGUUGAAGAGAAGGGGGAAGGGGGAGAAAAGGGGGAGGAGCUGAGGACCAGACUGGAGAACAUCACCAACCUGUUGAAGAACACCUCCUCCUUGUUGAAGAAAACGAAUUCCUCCUCCAGUCUGGAACAAACAGAAUAAUUCAGUGUCUAAAAAAUAUUGAUGUUUCUUUUAAUAAUUAUAGUCACGUCAUUUCUUUCCUUUUACAAUAAAGAAAUCAACAAAA